GAGGCGGUCAAAAAUAAUAUUUUAUAUUAAGUCUGCCUAGUAAAGGGUGAAGAAAAUUGGAUAAUGAAUGAAAAAGCUAAGUAGAACACACACCACUUCACUUCACUGUUUUUCCUAUCUUUCAACCUGUCUCUAUAUGUACUUGGUACAUUUGUGCAGAACUCUCUAGGAGCAAGUUUGCAAGAAUAACAGUGAAGUUACAAUGGUUACUAGAAGCAACUUGUUGUGUAUCUUGGUUUUGAUGGUUAUAGUUGGUUUGGAGAGUGUUUCUGCAUCAGUUUAUAAUGAGAACAUGGAGAGUUUAGUGAAAGCUCGACGUUCUUUGCUUAACAAUGGCCUUGGCAAUACUCCUCCCAUGGGGUGGAAUAGUUGGAAUUACUUCUACUGCGAUGUCACGGAGAAAGUCAUUAGGGAAUCUGCUGAUGCUCUGGUCACGACGGGUCUGGAUAAGCUUGGCUAUAAAUAUGUUAAUAUAGAUGAUUGCUGGGCAGAACAAACUCGUGACAAAAAGGGUUAUCUAGUGGCUAACAGGACCACGUUUCCUUCUGGAAUUCGAGCUCUUGCAGACUAUGUUCACAGCAAGGGUCUUAAGUUAGGAAUCUACUCAGAUGCAGGAGAAUACACUUGUAGUCAUAGAAUGCCUGGUUCACUUGGCAAUGAGGAAAAAGAUGCCAAAACCUUCGCUGAAUGGCAUAUUGAUUAUUUGAAGUAUGAUAACUGUUACAACACCGGGCUUAAACCAAUGGAACGGUACCCGAUAAUGACCAGAGCUCUAAUGAAAGCAGGACGUCCCAUCUUCUUCUCCUUAUGUGAAUGGGGAGACAUGCAUCCAGCUUUAUGGGGUAGCAGGGUCGGAAACAGUUGGAGAACGACUGAUGACAUUACACGCAACUGGGAUAGUAUGGUGUCCAGAGCAGACCAGAAUGAAGUUUAUGCAGAAUAUGCGAGGCCUGGUGGUUGGAAUGAUCCGGAUAUGCUUGAGAUUGGAAAUGGAGGGAUGACAUAUGAUGAAAACGUUGUCCAUUUUAGCAUAUGGGCUAUUUCCAAAGCUCCUCUUCUCAUUGGCUGUGAUGUGAGAAACAUGACGAAGGAGACGUUUGAAAUAAUCAGCAAUAAGGAGGUUAUAGCUGUUAACCAAGAUCGACUAGGUAUUCAAGCUAAAAAAGUUCGGAUGGAAGGUAGUGCUGAGGUUUGGGCAGGGCCGCUUUCAGGUUACAGAGUAGCGAUAGUCCUUGUCAACCGUAGCAUCCUUCCUGCGAACAUCACUGCUCACUGGGAUGACAUUGGUCUUCCACCAAACACUGAAGUAAUAGCGAGAGAUCUUUGGAAGCAUCGGACAUUGAAGAAGCGGCUGGUCGGAUCCUUGACAGAAGUAGUGUAUCCUCAUGCAUGCAGAAUGUAUGUCUUGAAGCCUGUUUUUUGAGAGACUGUGCACUUACUCUGGCUCAUCCCGAGAAGUAUCAGAACAAAUACUCGUUUGUAAGGUGUAUAAGCCUAAAUUGUCCAAAAAAAAAAAAAGUGCAAGAGUUGUGCUGAGUACUAUAAUGAUAUCAGGAUGCAAGGGUUUUCAGCCCAUGGUAAUGUGGCAUAUGUUGUUACCAAAGUGUUGAUGAACUGCAGGUGACUUGUAGUUUGUUAAGUUAAAUAAAUGGGAUUUCAGUUG